AUGGCGAAUGAAGCGGUCAAGUUUGUAUGGGAAGGAGCAAUUCCUCUGCAGAUUCAUCUCCAUAAAUCCGAAGUUGCUUCUCACCCUGCUCCUCCUCCUGCUCUUGUGUUAGCACCAAGAAUAGGAUAUUUGCCUCUAUUAGUUCCUCUUAUAAAGCCUUAUUUCAAGGAUUCACUUCCUCCUGGGGAAGAUUCCAUCUGGUUUGAUUACAAAGGAUUUCCUCUGAAAUGGUAUAUACCAACAGGCGUUCUCUUCGAUCUCCUGUGCGCAGAACCAGAAAGACCUUGGAAUCUCACGAUACACUUUAGGGGAUAUCCCAGCAACAUACUGAUACCAUGUGAAGGAGAAGAUUCUGUAAAGUGGAACUUUGUUAAUUCUUUGAAAGAGGCAGCAUAUAUCAUCAAUGGAAAUUGCAAGAAUGUUAUGAAUAUGUCUCAGAGUGAUCAAGAGGAUCUGUGGACCUCUGUCAUGAACGGUGAUCUUGAUGCCUACACAAGAUUAUCACCCAAGCUUAAAAUGGGAACUAUCGAAGAUGAGUUUUCAAGAAAAUUAAGUUUGUCAUCAUCUCCACAACCUCGACAAGGUGGCGCUGAGGUGGAUGUGGCUGGACAAGUUAAGACAGCAAGGAUUCCUGUUCGGCUGUAUGUUCGAAGUGUAAAUAAAAAUUUCGAGAAUCUUGAAGAUGUACCUGAGAUCGAUACAUGGGAUGAGAUCUCGUACCUGAAUCGCCCUGUUGAGUUCCUCAGAGAAGAAGGGAAAUGCUUUUCUUUACGCGACGCCAUUGAAAGUCUCCUCCCGGAGUACAUUGGAGACAGAGCUCAAACGAGUGGAGAAGAGGGAACCGUGGAUGCAUCAGAAGAAACAGAUGGCUCGCCGGAGACAGGUGAAAUCAAACUGGUUAGGAUCCAAGGGAUUGAGAUGAAACUGGAGAUACCGUUUUCAUGGGUAGUAAAUAACUUGAUGAACCCAGAGUUCUAUCUCCAUAUCUCUGUUCUUGUGAAGGCUCCUCAAAGAUAA